AUGAUGCCCAGCGGCGAGGAUGCUGCCAUUAAACGGGUCUUGCAAGAUAAACGCUUCAAGAAUCGUGAGCUGCAGAUUAUGCGAAUCGUCCGCCAUCCCAACAUUGUAGAAUUGAAGGCCUUUUACUAUUCUAACGGUGAGAGGAAGGAUGAAGUAUACCUCAACCUUGUUCUCGAGUAUGUGCCGGAGACGGUGUAUCGGGCCUCGCGCUAUUUCAACAAGCUGAAGACGACUAUGCCCAUGUUGGAGGUUAAGCUUUACAUCUAUCAGCUGUUCCGCUCCUUGGCGUACAUCCACUCGCAGGGCAUCUGCCACCGUGACAUCAAGCCUCAAAACCUGCUGCUCGACCCCACCACCGGUAUCUUGAAGCUUUGUGAUUUCGGAUCGGCGAAGAUUCUGGUCGAGAAUGAGCCCAACGUGUCGUACAUCUGUUCGCGCUAUUAUCGCGCGCCUGAACUGAUCUUUGGCGCCACGAACUACACCACCAAAAUUGACUUCUCAGAUGUGUGGUCGACUGGCUGUGUGAUGGCUGAGUUGAUGUUGGGCCAACCACUCUUCCCCGGAGAGUCUGGCAUCGACCAACUAGUGGAAAUCAUCAAGGUCCUGGGUACUCCGACUCGCGAACAGAUCCGGACGAUGAACCCCAACUACAUGGAACACAAAUUCCCUCAGAUCAAGCCACACCCCUUCAACAAGGUGUUCCGAAAAGCGCCACCUGAGGCCAUCGACCUGAUUUCGGCACUGUUGGAGUACACUCCCACGCAACGCCUGUCCGCCAUUGAAGCCAUGUGCCACCCCUUCUUCGAUGAACUCCGGGAUCCCAACACCCGCCUCCCCGACUCACGUCACCCCAAUGGGUCGUCGAGAGAGCUUCCCAACCUCUUCGACUUCUCAAGACAUGAACUUUCCAUCGCCCCUGCAAUGAACAGCCGGCUGGUCCCUCCUCAUGCACGCCCUGCGCUGGAGGCUCGCGGGCUUAAUAUCGAUAACUUCAAACCCCUCACGAAGGAAGAAAUGAUGGCACGCCUUGACUGA